ACCCACUUCUAAAUAUAUCAUGUCUUUAUCUAAAUUUCUAGCCAAAAAAAAGAUAGAAGAAUUGAAGCUUAAUUAAGUGAGAAAAAAAAAAGAGCAAAGUUAAGUUCCCUUUGAUUUUGGUGCAAUAUUUUCGUACUCCUUGUCAGCACAUGCAAUCCACUUUUCCACUACUAAAUCCUCUUUGGACCCCCAAACACAUUUUUACCUCACUCACAAGAAAAGCAUUUUUAAGCCUUACCCAUCCAUCUCCAUUAUAUAUCAUUUUUAUCAUAUCAUUUCAUACAUUAUAAACCAUAUUAUAUAUCUUUAUUUCACUUUCAUAUUAACUCCUACUACUCAUCUUACUUUCUUAUAUACACUUCUUUUAUUUGAUCAAUUCCUAGCUACUUCAUUCUUCUAUAGUAUUCUAACUUCAUGAUAUUUCAUAUAUAUCUACCUAAAAGUUAAGGUUUUUUUUUUUCUUUAAUUUCUCUCCUAUAAACUUUUCUCUAAUUCAUACAUCUAUUUACACAUAUUAUUUGUGAUCUUUUAGAACAGUAAUUGUUACUAUGAGGUCACAAGGUUGUACAAUCCAACAAGCCCUUACAACGGAAGCGGCGGCGGUGGUUAAGCAAGCCGUCGCCCUAGCAAAAAGGCGUGGCCACGCACAAGUAACCCCUCUCCACGUCGCCCACACGAUGUUGUCGGUAUCAUCGGGCCUACUUCGGGCUGCCUGCCUACAAUCUCAUUCCCACCCCCUCCAAUGCCGGGCCUUGGAGCUUUGCUUCAACGUGGCCUUAAACCGUCUCCCCACAUCCACCUCCGGCCCGAUGCUUGGCCCGCACUCGGCCCAACACCACCACCCUUCUAUAGCCAACGCGCUCGUGGCUGCCUUCAAACGGGCCCAAGCCCACCAAAGACGAGGCUCGAUCGAAAACCAACAACAACCUCUCUUGGCCGUGAAGAUUGAGCUAGAGCAGCUCAUCAUCUCUAUACUAGAUGAUCCUAGUGUUAGUAGGGUUAUGCGCGAAGCCGGGUUUUCGAGCACCUUAGUUAAAGGGAAGGUAGAACAAGCUGUUUCCGUUGAAACUCCAAGUAAUAAUACAAAUACAAACAACAAUAAUAACAACAUCAUCAAGCCAAAGGAUAGUAAUAAUAGUAACAACAAUAAUCUUAGUAGUUGUAACAAUAAUAUUACUAAUACUAAUAAUAGUAAUAGUUUUCUAUCUAUGGCUCAAACAGGAUCAUUAAAAGUAGGUAAACCAAGGUUAUGUGAUAAUCAAGGAGUUGAGAAAAAUAGUGAAGAUGUUAUAAGUGUGAUUGAUAGUUUAGUAAACAAAAGAAAAAGAAAUAGUGUAGUUGUUGUAGGAGAAUGUCUUUCAAUCUUAGAAGGUCUAGUAAGAGGAGUUAUGGAUCGAGUCGAAAAGGGAGAGGUGCCUGAGGCCUUGAAAGAGGUUAAAUUCAUCCAUAUGUCGUUUGCAUCAUUCGGUCAUCUUUCAAAGGAUGAAGUCGAGCAACGAGUAGGGGAGCUUAAGUGCCUUGUUAAGACAUGUUGUAUGGAUAAUAAUAAAGGGGUGAUCUUGUAUUUAGAUGAUCUUAAAUGGGUUAAUGAGUUUAGGGCAAGUAAUAAUAAUAUCCUUGUUGAUCAACAUCAACCUAGGAGAAGUUAUUAUUGCCCUAUUGAACACAUGAUUAUUGAGAUUGGUAAAUUGGCUCUCUCUUAUGCUAGUGAGAGUGGAAAGUUAUGGCUUCUUGGUAUUGCAACGUUUCAAACUUACAUGAGAUGUAAAGGCGGUCAAUCCUCGCUCGAGUCGCUUUGGGGUCUUCAUGCCAUCACUAUCCCUGCCGGUAGCUUGGGUUUAAGUCUCUUGCCUGAGAGUGAUUUACAAAGUCCAUUGACAAGCAAGAAGUUGGAUAUGAAUGGAAGUAGUUGGUUGAUGCUAGAAAGUGGUGGUGUUAGCGGUGGUGGAGAAGACAGUUACCGGGCAAGCGGCACCGUGAAUAUGGAGUCGUCACAAAGCCGGCAAAGUAGUGCUUGUAAUAGUGACUCCACCAACUCAAGUCUUCCUUCAUGGCUCCAACAAUACAAGGAUGAAAAUAGCAAGAAAGCAAGCAACAUUGCCAACAAUGAUCAGGAUUGUGUGCCAGUCAAAGAUCUUUGCAAAAGAUGGGGCUCAAUAUGCACUUCAUCAUCACCAUCAUUUGAAAGAACCUUAAGUUUUUCUUCAAUUUCACCUUCUUCUUCAACCUCGAACUUCUCAUAUGAUCCUCAACACUUAGGAUUACAACCCACCCACCAAAGUUUUGAGCCCAAGAACUUUUGGGUGACCGAAACCUCGAAUAGAUCCCUUGAACCACCAACAUCAUUCACAAUGUCAAUGUCACCCAAUGAUCACCUCCAAAGAAGACAUACCACCCCCACCGCGUUCAUUUCAUCAAACCCUAAUUCGACUCCAACCUCAACUUCCUCAAGUGAUAUCAUGGAUCCAUUAAUUGAGUCACAAUGUGUAAGAUUCAAGGAGUACACUACAGAGAAUCUCAAGAUACUUUGCAAUGCACUUGAGCAAGAAAUACCGCGACAUAAAGACAUAAUCAUGGAUAUAGUAAGCACUAUAUUACAUUGUAGGUCAGGAAAGUCGCGAAGAAAAUCAAAUGAGCAAAACAACAAGGAAGAGACAUGGUUGUUCUUCCAAGGCAUUGAUAUUGAAGCUAAGGAGAAGAUUGCUAGGGAAUUGGCAAGGCUCAUUUUCGGUUCAUCACAAGACAAGUUCAUUUCCAUUGGCCUUAGUAGCUUCUCCUCUACAAGAGUAGUAGACUCUUUGGAAGAUUCUAGAAACAAGAGGCUUAGAGAUGAGCAAAGUUGUAGCUACACCGAAAGGUUUGCUGAGGCGGUAUCAAACGAUCCACAUAGGGUUUUCUUCGUCGAGGAUAUAGAGCAAGUGGAUUAUUGCUCUCAAAUAGGAAUCAAGAAGGCCAUUGAAAGAGGUAAAAUCUCUAAGCAUUCAAGUGGGGAGGAGGUUAGCUUUGGUGACGCGAUUAUUAUCUUUAGUUGUGAAAGAUUUAGCUCGAGAUCUAGGGCAUGUUCCCCUUCAAUGAAGCACAAAGUAGAUCUUAUGCCUCAAGAAGAUGACCAUGAAAUGAAGAACAUCGAAGAUAGUGCUUGUUUGGAUGACACAACAUCUAGUCCAAGUCUCUCCUUAGAUUUGAAUAUAUCAAUAAACGACGAUGAUGAUAAUGAAAUUAUCGCCGUUGAGAAUCCGUACUCCAUGGAUGAGAUUGGGCUCCUUGCAACAGUUGAUAAAUGUAUUGUCUUCAAAAGCCACCAAGAGUUGUGAUAAUAUGAUCUUCAUGCAUGCAUAUUGUUAUUUUCUUUUUUUGUUUUAUUUUUGGAACUUUUUGUAAGGUUAUUUUUCCUUUUAUCACUGAAAAUGGUAAGAAUUUUCUACCUAAAAUUAUGUAAAAUUGUACUUUUAUUAGCUACUUGUAAAUAUACGAGUAACUUAAAGAAGUUAUGUUCACUGUUAUUGUAAUAUUAUUUACUGUUCAUCAAUCUCUCUAAUCACUUAUUUUCCUUCUAUAUUUGGAAUGAUUUGUUGAUUAUAGUUAGUGACCAAUUAACUGCUGGGUUUUCAAUAGUAGAAUGUCGUUGAAAUACACGUUUUAACAAUAAUUAGAAGGUUUCUUUCGGCUGAAAAUAUUUGGAAUAUGGUCGCAUACCUUAAAAUUAGUGUUGCCUUUUCUUUUUCCCUUUUAACACCUUUAUUUCAUCUUUUAUUUUUCAGUUUAAUGAUUUCUUUUGAUUUUCAAGCUAAAUAAAGGAUAACGCGUACGAUCCUCUCUUCCAAAAAAAAGAAAAAGGUUUAAUUUAUGCAUGUAGUUUUGGUUACAACUAAACUUAUGCAAUUAAACUAAUUAAUAAUAGCUCAAGUGGUUAGAGCUUCCCUCCCGAUU